AUGCUGAAAGCAAAAUAUGCUAAUGGUUUGCCUGGACCACGGGCCGUAGAUAUCCCAGCUAUAGUGCUUGACGAGCUGAAAGUGUCGAUAACAUAUAUGAAGGCUUGGUAUGCUAGAGAAGCUGCUAUAAUUAAAACUCGGGGAAGUGAUGAGUGUGGAUACAAGUUGCUUGCAGUGUACCUGCACUUGUUGAAGAAAGGCAAUCCAGGCACUAUAUACAGACUAGAAUAUACUGGUGGAGGAGUUGCUCCCAAGCAGUUUAAGUAUCUGUUCUUCGCGAUUGGAGCAUGUAUUGCGGGAAUCAAACACAUGCGCAAGGUUGUACUCGUUGAUGGGACUGUAAUCAAGAACAAGUUCAAGGGGGUUCUCAUUGCUGCAAGUAUGCAGGAUGCUAAUUUCCAGGUUUUCCCAAUAGCAUUUGCGAUGGUUGAUGCAGAGAAUGAUUUGGCAUGGACUUGGUUUUUCAGGCAACUGAGUAUGAUUGUUCCAAAUUCGAAGGAUUUGGUCCUGGUCUCUGAUCGGCAUAAAUCAAUUUAUAUUGGUGUUCACAAUGUUUACCCCCAAGCUUUUCAUGGGGCGUGUGCUGUCCACAUUGUGAGGAAUGUAAGGGCCAAGUUUCAUGGUGAAGGGAUAUCAAACCUCAUGGGUAAGGCUGCACGCGCAUUUAACUUUGGUGACUUCGACGACUCUUUCAAAGAAAUUGCUUUGCGAAACAAGAAAUGUGCUGCAUACUUAGAUGCAAUCCCACGGGAACAUUGA